CCAACCCCUCUCUCUAUCAAGAACAAUGAUUUCAAAACUACAAAUAACUCAUGUUGAAGAGAAGAUCAUCAUAGAACAAGUUAAGGAUACACAUAGUCCUAAUGGUGGCAUAGAUGUCGAUGCAAAUUGUCUUCUCAAGUUUGUGGAAGCCAUUUUCAAUUUCAAUACGGAUUCAAAGAGUGAUGAAGAUAAUUCUGAAAAUGAAGAUGAAUCUUCUUAUGAGGAUUCAGAGAGUGAUGAAGAUGAUCCUGAUGAGGAAGAAGGAAGUGACGAGGAUGGUGAUGAACAUGGAAAAUCUGAGACGGUUCCUCAAGAAGCAAUACAAGACAGGUUACAAAUACAAGAACACAUUCGGAAGGAGAUUUCGUUUGUUGUUUUACAACUCUCUUUCAUGGUAACCUUCACUUGUGCAAGCUAUGAUGAUAGUCACUCAAUUGCCAUUUAUCUACUAUGUUUGUUGUCAAAGUAUAUGUGGCAUGUUAAGGGAGUAAUGUUACUCGCAUGUUUUGCGAUCAUCCGAGGAAAAUUUAAAGUUGCUUCACAAUUAUGUCAUCGGGAAGGAGGGUCCUACAACAUGACUGCUCUACGAAAAAGUUUAAACUCAAUGCUACCCACUAAGAAUGAAACUUUUUUGAAUGAAUCAAUAAAAUUCAUGUUUGAUCUCAUCAAGCUUAUGGUUGACCUUCAACAUUCAUCAUCAAUGUUUUUGGCAAACUACUGGAUUGCAAGAGGCAUUGUUGCCUAUACUCACCUCCUUAUUUUGGGCCUCAGGCCAGAAAAUGAGAUAAUGACGGAAGUGUCCUAUGUAUCCACCAAAAUCAAAGAGAUUCUGGCUUCCAGCCUCCCACUACUAGAGGCAAAAAGGACAAAAGAAAAUUAUCAAGCCUUGUUACAUGCGUUUGAUAAUUCUUCGGAUAUCUUGAAGGUUCUUAAAUUAAUAUUUAAUGUUAAAAAUAAUAAAGAGAAGUCAAUUCGGGACAACCAUACGGUGCAGAGCCGUUCACGUUCAGUGGGAUUAGAUGAGUUUGAAGGGGAGGGAGUGCUAUUACUAAUAUCAUCCGGCAAACACUUUCCCAUUUAUGCUUAUGAGGCGCCCAAAAGACAAAGGAUGAUUUGGGUUCCAAUAAUAAAUGAUCUGGAUGAGCAUAUACAAAUGUAUGAUGCUAUCUAUCACCCCUUUUAUCGUGUAUUGGAUACACAAAAAUGGAUUGCACCGGCAUUUUAAAGAUUUUUACAAGACAAGUGCUUCCCAACGUUUCAAGUUGGGGGUGACCCUAUUAUCAUUUCGCUGGACAAACGAGGAAAAUUGGUUCAUUCAAAUGCACUGCACAUGAUAUUCACAUGGCAAUUUCAACUUUCUUAAAGGAGAACAAUUAGGUCAGGUGAUAUAAUCUCUUCAUUAGAAAAUGAGUUGAGGGAAAGGACUUCUGGUGCUGAUCGUGUGAUUGAUGACAUUGACAAACAAAUACAUAAAUUUGCGACAAAGGUCCGGAAAAAGAUCAAUGAUUGGGUGGACGACAUCAAGACGAA